GGCGCGAGAAACUCUCGUGUCCUCGUCAGUCUCGUCAGUGUCUCCUCGGGAGUCCGUCCGUGUGUUUGUUCUUCGUGAUUCCUAGUUACGCGGAACUUAAUUCGUUUCCGCUUCUAUUUCAACUUGUAAUAUCGACAUACAUAUCCGGAUUAGAGUUUUGUGUGAUAGGUUGAGAAAAUAAGGAAGGAUUGAAUAACGCGAUAACGAGAUAGAAAUAAAUUUCGUCGUAACAAGAACCACCAAGAGGAACAUCACGACCAUUAAACCACCGUCGUCGUCGUCGUCAUCGUCAUCGUCAUUAUUAUCACCAUCAUAUACGAAGGCGAGCGUCGAGGACGAAGAUGGCCGAGAGUAAAGGAGCGCUGAUUGCGAAGACAGUGCAAAAACACGCGGGUAGAGCGAAAGAGAAGUUCCUUCAGAAUCUCGGGAAGGUCGACAGAACAGCGGACGACAUACUUGACGAGCACCUACAGAACUUCACCAGACAGCAAUAUUCCGCCAACAGGCUGCAAAAGGAGUUCAACAAUUACAUCAGGUGUGUUCGAGCUGUACAAGUGGCCUCGAAGACAUUGAUGGACUCCCUCAAUGAAAUCUAUGAGAGUCAAUGGACUGGUCAUGAUCUUCUUUAUGUGCAAGCACAAAACUUGGAUAUGUUGUGGCAGGAUUUUACUCACAAACUUGCGGACCAAGUAUUGGUACCUCUCAACACAUAUCAAAGUCAAUUUCCUGAAAUGAGAAAAAAAAUUGACAAACGUGGACGAAAGCUGGUAGACUAUGAUAGUCAAAGACACAAUUUCCAAUCUCUCCAAUGUAAUCUAAAAAAGAGAGAUGAAAUUAAAGUAUCUCGAGGCAAGGAACUUUUGGAAGAAGCAAAACGUACAUACGAGCAACUAAACUCAGAACUUCACGACGAAUUGCCAGCUUUGUACGAUUCUCGUGUUUUAUUCCUUGUUACCAAUUUACAAACUUUAUUCGCUGCUGAACAAGUUUUUCAUGCCGAGAGUGCCAAGGUCUAUUCCGAAUUAGAGGCAAUUGUUGAUAAACUUGCCAAUGAAAGUCAAAGAGGAUCUUAUACGUUGAAAAAGAACACCGAACCCCAAUCGCCAAAAUCACCAAAUGCCAACUCAACCUUGAUAAUAAAUACACAACCGGCACAAAACAACAUCUCGGCAGGUAAAAACGAAUUCGUUGGUAUAUUACCAAUUAUGCUUGAUUUAUCUGUGGAGGACUCGGUGCCACCAGCUAGAGACACGUCGCCAACAACCCAAUUAAAUGGCAAUGCUAACAGCAAUGCUAAUAGCAAUGAUAAUUCUCUCAAUAACCAGGAUGCUUCUCCGCAAAGUACAGUCGUACCUACCAAAUGUGUUGAAGAAUUAUAUGAUAUUCCAGUCGACGUGGAAUAUGAAAAUGGUACCAAUUUCUCUGCAGGGGCGACAACGGACAAUUUGCCACCUGGUGUUUUGUAUAGGGUCAAGACAACAUAUAAAUACAGUCAGGAAGAUGUGGAUGAAUUGUCCUUUGACGUUGGUGAAAUAAUACGCGUCGUAAAAUAUGAUGACCCAGAAGAACAGGAGGAGGGCUGGUUAAUGGGUAUCAAAGAGGGUACGAAUGAAAAAGGAAUGUUUCCAGCAAACUUUACGAAGCCACUGUGAAAGCUUUUUCAGGUUUAUCCUUUAUUACCGGAAUGCUCACAGAAUUGUCGUCUUGAUAAAUGUGUAAGGUAAUGUAAUGGAUGUAAUACCGAAGCAAAAAUAAGAUUCCAGUCAGAGUUUAUCAGAGAGGUGUUACAUAUGAGUCGUAAAGAUAGAGAAAAUUAAAGAAGCGAAUCUAAAAAAAGGGGAAUUGAUAUAUAAGAUAGUUUUGCUGGACGGUACUGUGGAGAAUAAUCAGCCCAAAGUGCCUUUAAAACCAGCCACUGUCUGUGCCAACGAACAUUCAUUAUAAUGAUAAUGAUAAUAAUAAUAAUAAUAAUAAUAAUAAUAAUUAAUAAUUAAUAAUCUAGUAUGGGAUUAUCCUCUCAUAUCGAAUGUACGCAUCACUAACAAUCAAAUGAAAAUAUUUAAAUAAUAUAUUAUAUUGUAAUACAAUUUGCAAUACUAUAUAUAUAAUAAUAUAAAAGUCUCUAUACAUACAUACGUAUAUAUAUGUGUAUAUAUAUAUGUAUAUACAUAUAUAUAUAUAUAUAUAUAUAUAUUAAAUUAAUUUUAUUUUAUGAAAGUGUACAUAGAUCUACAUAUACUACUUUUAAGGAUAAAUAACUUUUAUGAGAGAUAACUUUUUUCGUGGCCACUGAGAGAAGGAGAGAGGAAGAGAGAGAAAAAGAGAAAAAUAAUCGUUAAGAAUUAUCGUCAAAUUUAUCGACGAUACCUUUCUACACAACAAAAGCUCUUUUUUACGAGGAGUCUUUUUCAAAAUUUUUCAUGGUCUAUUCGUCUCUACUUUACAUUCUUAAAUCAUCUCGAAAAAUAUCUAGAGAUAAUAGUUGCUGAUAGUGAGAGAGAAAGAAAGAAAGAAAGAAAAAGAGAGAGAGAGAGAGAGAGAGAGAGAGAGAGAGAGAGAGAGAGAGAGAAAUCAAUUUUUACACUUUUAUCAUUUAAUUCUACGACGAUAUAUAGACAGAUAUUAUUCUUACACGAUGAACGUAGUUAAAAGAAAGUAUCGUAUGAUAUCCAAUAGAGCAAUAUAAAAAUUGAUAUUAAAAUUUUCAACGUUGUAAAAUUCUCGAAUGAUAUUUAAUCAUUUUUUUAUCUUUCUGUUUUUUUUUUUUUUAUUUUUCCUUUUUCAACAAACAGAUCUUUCUCGUACAAUAUUUUAGAGAUGUAAUAGAAUUUCAUUGUAAUAUGUUUCUUUUUCUAAAUUUGAUUUAAUAUUUUUUUCUUAUGAUAUAUAUAUAUAUCACAUUUGUAUAUUCUCUGAUGAGUACCUUACGUACAUAAUAGAAGGAAUGUAAGGAAUCUAGUAACAGUAUUGAGGGGCAGCUGUUAUUAUUGAUCCUGUAUUAAUUUGUAUAGUCAAAGUAGAAUGAUGGAUACCAAUGGUCCAAUAUCACCAAUUUUAUAGCUUUGAUUAAUUAAUACUCGUUAUAUAGAUCUGUUAGAACAAUCGUAUAUCACAUAUACACACACAUAUUCGUGUAAUGAAACAGUGCUAUAAUGAUAUAUAUAUAUGAAAUAAUGCGAUAUAGUAUUAUAAGAAGAUUAUUGAUACCGGCUUCCACUUGAGAGUGUGUGUUUUUAUUUUAUUAUAUUAUUCAGAAAGAUUAUUUGUAAAAUAUUUAAUAGGAAAGUUGGAUUGUUUAUUUUAUAAAAGGAUGAUGAAUUUGUUGUUGAAGGAUUGAUCCAUCGUCAUUACUAAUAAUAAAUAUUAAGAUGAUUUAAGAGUAUUAUUGGGCAAAAAAUAAUAAUAAUAAUAUAAUAAUAAUAAUAACAAUAACAAUAAUAGUUAUAAUAAUGAUAAUAAUAAUAAUAUAAUAAUAAUAAUAAUAAUAAUAAUAAUAAUAAUAAUAAUAAUAAUAUGAAAGGUCUCUUCACAGGUUUUUGUUGUCACAGAUUCGUCUUUAAUCGGUGUAUAUCAUUAUUAUACAUAUAUAUAUAUAUAUAUAUAUAUAUAUAUAUAUAUGCACACACACACAUAUAAGUUAAGAGUGCAAUAACUUUUGCAUAAGCCAAAUUAUUGUAAGCGUAUCGAAUCGUGGACCAAAAAAAAACAAAAACAAAUAAGAAAAAUUGUGAAUUUUGAUUCUUCAAUGCCAAAAGAGCUGGUUAAGACUGUGAAGAAGAACAUGAGAAAAAAGAUUUGAUAAUUAUUUGUUAUAGGUAUAAGUAUUUAUACUCCAUUUUUAGUUAAGUCCUGACAUAUGUCUUGUUUAAAUUACAUUCCAAAAAAUUUGUCAUAUAUAUAUAUAUAUAUAUAUAUAUAUGUAUAUAUAUAAAAUACGCAUAAAAUAUAUCAUAUUAUCCCAGAAUUCAAAUGACUUCAUAAAUUUAAAUUUGUUUGUUUCUGACUUACAAAGUCAGUUCAAUCGUAUAGAAUUGUCAUUAAUUAAAAAGUCGGAAUGUAAUUAAAAGUGGAGUAUAAAGUUGUGCCUUGAUUUUUCUAAGUUUAACAAGUACCAUGUACUAUUGUCUUUUAUCGAAUGUAUUCAAUGAUAACGAAAUAAUAUAAAUGUAUUUUGUUGAGUUGAGAAAAGAAAAAAAGAACAAAAAAAAAACGAUAUUUAUAUGAUAGCGCUGAGAAGAAGAGUGUUUAGGUUUGAAUAUCAACGUGUUACUGCCACGUGGUACAAAAUUUUAAUCUUUAAAGUGGUACGAUUAAUUAAAAGUGUGUCAAAACUUUCUUAUAAUACAUGCCCUUUAUACUGCGUACAAUUUUUAUCUGACCGAACGAUUUGCAUUUAAUGUUUAAAGAAAAGAAAAAAAAAAGAACAAAAAGAAAGAGGAAAAAAAUGUUUAAAAAAAAAAGGAAAAAAAAGGAACUGAAAAAAUAACAAAAAUGAUUUAAGAGGUUUGAAUAUCAUCCCUCUUUCCAAGUAGUAUUUCCAAUAAAGCUUAAUGUCAUACUUUCUUUGGAUACAGUCGGAUUAUAAUUUUAUUAUUAUACAUCAUUAGAGAACGGCAAUAUAAUAUACAAAGAAAAUAUAUUUAAAAGAAAAGAAAAAAAAAAUGAUAACACCAAAGCAUUCUAUACUUGAGCUUAAUAGAGAAAGAAUGUUAUCGAACAGUGUAGUAGUGUAUUAUCAAUUUUUAGGUUAUAAUAAACAAAAUAUAUAUAUAUGCAA